GACACAAGCAACGCACAGCUGCCAAAGAAAUAGGAGAGGGAGCUCGUUAGAGAACGCAGGGCUGCGGUGGACUUGAUGCUCGUGCGCAGGAGGAAAUGGCCCAAGAAGUAAAUCUGAAUUCCCUGAAGGAGCUGGAGCGCGAGGCCAUUCUCCAGGUCCUGUACCGAGAUCGGGCGGUCCAGAACAUUGAGGAGCAGAGGACACGGAAGCUGAAAACGCAGCUGCAGCACCUCCGGUGGAAAUGGGCAAAGAGCGCCAGCCAGGAGUCCAAGGAGAAGUCCUGUGCCCGCUGCCAGCGCGUGCUGGGGCUGCUGCUGCACCGGGGGGCCGUGUGCCGGGGCUGCAGCCACCGCGUGUGCCCCGGGUGCCGGGUGUUCCUGAGGGGGACGCACGUCUGGAAGUGCACCGUGUGCUUCGAGGACAGAAAUGUGAAGAUAAAAACUGGAGAAUGGUUCUUUGAGGAACGAGCUAAGAAAUUUCCAACUGAAGGCAAGCAGGAGACGGCUGGGGCCAAGCUCCUGCAAUCUUAUCAGAAGCUGAGCAAAAUUUCUGUGGUUCCUCCUACGCCACCACCCCUCAGCGAGAGCCAGUGUGGCCGCAGCCCUUGCAGGUUACAGGAACUUGGUCAGUUUAAAGGAUUUAAUAAGUCCGUGGAAAAUUUGUUUCUCUCUGUUACCACCCACAUGAAAAAGCUCUCCAAGUCCCAGAAUGACAUGACUUCUGAGAAGCAUCUGCUGGCCACGGGCCCCAGGCAGUGUGCAGGCCAGACGGAGAGACGGAGCCAGUCUGACACUGCUGUCAACGCCACCGCCAGGAAGAUCACCACAGCAGACAUUCUGAAGCCUCUCAAGCGGGAAGACCCCCGAUGCGCUACUCUCCCCAUUGCGAAGCGAGGGCAUCUCUCCGCCAGUCCCAUGCCCAGCGGGUCAUUCUCUGCAGGCUCGAGACACGGAAGUUUAAUUAGCAUUAACAGCACUUGUACAGAGAUGGGCAAUUUUGACAACGCUAGUGUCACCGGAGAAAUCGAAUUUGCCAUUGGUUAUUGCUUCAAAACCCAUUCUUUAGAAAUAUGCAUCAAGGCCUGUAAGAACCUUGCCUAUGGAGAGGAAAAGAAGAAAAAGUGCAAUCCGUACGUAAAGACCUACCUGCUACCUGACACAUCGUCCCGGGGAAAACGCAAGACUGGAGUCCAAAGGAACACGGUGGACCCGAACUUCCAGGAGACCUUGCAGUAUCAGGUGGACCCCACCCGGCUGGGGACGCGGCGGCUGCAGGUCUCUGUGUGGCACCUGGGCACACUCGCCCGGAGAGUAUUUCUUGGAGAAGUGAUCAUUCCUCUGGCCACGUGGGACUUUGAAGACAGCGCGACACGGUCUUUCCGCUGGUAUCCGCUCAGGGCCAAGGCUGAGAAAUGCGAAGAUGGCGUUCCUCAGAAUAAUGGAGAACUUGCAGUCCGGGCCAAGUUGGUCCUCCCUGCAGGACCUAGAAAACUCCAGGAGGCUCAAGAAGGGACAGAUCAGCCGUCACUUAACGGUCAACUCUGUUUGGUAGUGCUGGGAGCCAAGAAUUUACCUGUGCGGUCAGAUGGCACCUUGAAUUCAUUCGUGAAGAGUUGUCUCACCCUGCCAGACCAACAAAAGCUGAGGCUGAAGUCCCCAGUCCUGAAGAAGCAGGCCUGUCCCCAGUGGAAACACUCCUUUGUCUUCAGUGGCGUGUCCACGUCUCAGCUGAGGCAGUCAAGCUUGGAGCUGACGGUCUGGGACCAGGCCCUCUUUGGCGUGAACGACCGCCUGCUGGGGGCAGCCAGACUUGGUUCAAAGGGAGACGUGCUUGGCGGCGUGGACGCGUGCUCACAGUCAAAGCUUCAAUGGCAGAAAGUUCUUUCCAGCCCCAACUUGUGGACCGACAUGACGCUUGUCCUGCACUGA